AUUUCCUACACUGAUCCAUUGCCAGCGUCUCUGCACAGCACAGGACGCCCCGUCUGGCCUCAGCUUCAUCUGCCCGGGCUUGGUAAACAGCAGCGGACCCUGCACGCACGGUACCCGGGUGGAUGAGAGACUGUCUAGAGGGUCGGUCGGCACCCACUAGACCCCUGGAAGCUGCUUGGCCCCCGCAGGAUAAAAGCGGUACCAGUCACAGGCAGACAUGGCUUUGAAGAUUGUCAAAGGGAGCAUCGAUCGGAUGUUCGAUAAAAAUCUUCAGGAUUUAGUACGUGGCAUUAGGAAUCACAAGGAAGAUGAGGCCAAGUACAUCUCCACAUGCAUUGACGAGAUCAAACAGGAGCUCAAGCAGGACAACAUCGCCGUCAAAGCCAAUGCCGUGUGCAAGCUCACCUACCUUCAGAUGCUGGGCUAUGAUGUCAGCUGGGCUGCUUUCAACAUCGUUGAAGUCAUGAGCUCCUCCAAGUUCACAUACAAGAGGAUUGGCUACCUGGCGGCCUCACAGUGCUUUCACGAGAGCACCGAUGUCAUUAUGCUGACAACCAAUCAGAUCCGAAAGGAUCUCAGCAGUCCCAACCAGUAUGACACAGGUGUUGCCCUCACUGGACUCUCUUGUUUUGUGACCCCUGACCUGGCUCGGGACUUAGCCAAUGACAUCAUGACACUGAUGUCCCACACUAAACCCUACAUCCGAAAGAAGGCAGUGUUGAUCAUGUACAAGGUGUUUCUGAAGUACCCAGAGUCCCUGCGACCUGCUUUCCCCAGGCUCAAGGAGAAACUGGAGGACCCAGACCCAGGUGUCCAGUCUGCAGCAGUAAAUGUUAUCUGUGAGCUGGCUCGAAGAAAUCCGAAGAACUACCUGUCUCUGGCCCCGCUCUUCUUCAAACUCAUGACCUCGUCGACCAAUAACUGGGUUCUCAUUAAGAUCAUCAAGUUGUUCGGUGCGCUCACACCGCUGGAGCCACGGUUGGGGAAGAAGCUGAUCGAACCUCUGACCAAUUUAAUUCACAGUACCUCUGCCAUGUCUCUGCUGUAUGAAUGUGUCAACACUGUGAUUGCAGUGUUGAUUUCCUUGUCCUCUGGGAUGCCUAACCACAGUGCUAGUAUCCAGCUCUGUGUGCAGAAACUGCGAAUCCUGAUAGAAGACUCGGACCAGAACUUGAAGUACCUGGGCCUGCUGGCCAUGUCAAAGAUCCUGAAGACCCACCCCAAGUCAGUACAGUCUCAUAAGGACCUCAUCCUCCAGUGUCUGGACGACAAGGACGAGUCCAUUCGCCUGAGAGCUCUGGACCUGCUCUAUGGCAUGGUUUCCAAAAAGAACUUGAUGGAGAUUGUAAAGAAACUGAUGCUGCAUGUGGACAAAGCAGAAGGAACCACCUACAGAGAUGAACUCCUCACCAAGAUCAUCGACAUCUGCAGCCAGAGCAACUACCAGUACAUUACCAACUUUGAAUGGUACAUCAGCAUCCUGGUGGAGCUGACCCGGCUAGAGGGCACACGGCACGGCCACCUCAUUGCCUCUCAGAUGCUGGAUGUGGCUAUCCGGGUCAAAGCCAUCCGGGCCUUUGCUGUUGCCCAGAUGGCCACUCUGCUGGACAACGCCCACCUGUUGACAGGCAACGUGCAGCGAAAGGGCAUCUGCGAAGUGUUGUAUGCCGCAGCCUGGAUCUGCGGUGAAUUCUCAGAACACCUGGAGAACCCGAUGCAGACGCUAGAGGCCAUGCUGCGGCCUAAGGUUGCCACCCUACCGGGCCACAUCCAGGCAGUGUACGUACAGAACGCAGCCAAGCUGUUUGCCACGGUGCUGAAGAGCCAGGAGGGGAACACAGACGGCACAGCAGCACAGGAAACCAGCCAGCUGAUGAUCGACAGGCUGCCUCUCUUUGUCCAGAGCGCCAACCUGGAGGUGCAGGAGAGGGCGUCUUGCAUCCUGCAGCUGGUCAAGUACAUCCAGAAGCUGCAACAGAAAGAGGUAGAAGUAGCAGAGGAAGUCAUUGCUUUGUUCGCUGGAGAACUCAACCCUGUAGCCCCCAAGGCACAGAAGAAAGUGCCUGUUCCUGAAGGUCUGGACUUGGAUGCCUGGAUCAACGAGCCUCCAUCUGAGAGCGAGUCUGAGGAUGAGCAGCCCAAGGCUAUUUUUGCCAAGGAGGAGCCCAAACACUCCCGCCCCCGUCACACAGAGGUGGACGAGAAGGAGCUGGCGAGGAGGAGAGAAGCCAGAAAGCAGGAGCAAGCCAACAACCCGUUCUACAUCAAGGCCUCUCCAUCCUCUCAGAAGGUGUACCAGGAGGCCCCUGGAGUGGAGCACAUCCCAGUCGUGCAGAUUGACCUCAGUGUGCCUCUGAAAGUCCCAGGUCUGCCUAUGUCUGACCAGUACGUGAAACUUGAGGAGGAGCGUCGGCAGAAAGAGAGAGCAGAGAAGAAGAAGAAAGAGAAGAAGAAGAGGAAAGAAAAGCGCAGCGGACGAGGGAAGAAACACGAUUCGGGCCCGGAAAGUGAGGAGGACAUCACGCCUGCGCACAUGGUCGACAUUGUUACCGAGGAGAUGCCAGAGAAUGCCUUACCCAGUGAUGAUGAUGACAAAGAUCCCAAUGACCCCCAUAAAGCCCUGGACAUCGACCUGGACAACUUGGUGGAGAUGGCUGGGCGUAGGCCACUCGCUGACAGUGAGAAGCUGCCUGUCAGGUCACACCGUGCAGCAGAGGCUCUCAAAAGCCCGGCUGAGGACGGAGACAUGGAGAGUGCCGCUUCACAGGAGCCCAAGAAGAAGAGCAGCAAAGAAAAGCGUGAAAAGAAGAAGGAUAAAGACAGGGAUAGGAAGAAGAGCAAAGAAGAGAAGAAGAAGAAGAAACACAAACAUGAAGACAAAGGGGAGGAUCUUCUUGGGGAGCAGGCAGACGAGCCUGUGGUCCAAUCAGAAGAAACUAAUGAGGUGGCUGCACCUCCCGCCUCCACCACUGCUGAGGUUUCGGAUCUGGAUUUCUGGCUCUCAAACGCUCCAGUGCCCUCUAACACCCAGGAAGCAGCAACAGUAGCAGCAGCAGCAGCAGAAGCAGCCCCCGUGCCUGAGGCGGCCUCUGGCACAGCACCAGACUCCGAGCCCGAUGAGCCCAAAGACACCGAGAUGGAGGAGACGAAGUCCUCCAAACACAAGAAGAAGAAGCAGAAAAAGGAGAAGGAAGAGAAGGAGAAGAAAAAGAAGAAGAAGCACCAUCACCACCAUCACCACAGCGAAGGAGGGGGAGAGGAGUCGGUGCAGAACGGCACUGUGGAGGAGGAAGAGCCUCUGCCGCCCAUGUCCAAUUACUGCCUGCUGGCUGAGAACUCCUACAUCAAGAUGAUGAUGGAAGAUGCUGAUGAGGUGAACGACAUCCAGGGAAACCUGCAGGAUGGCAGCCAGGUGGUGGUGUCUGUUAUAUUUGAAAACAAGUGCGACAGCUUCCUCAAGUCCAUGGAGUUCAACGUGCUGGACUCUCUCAACUCCAAGCUGCAGAGGCCAGAGGGGUCAGGUCCACAUGACGGCCUCACCGUUCCCUUUCAACUUCCACCUGGGGUGUCCAAUGAAGCCCGAUUUGUCUUCACCGUACAAAGCAUCGUAAUGCCACAGAAACUGAAGGGAACCCUCACCUUCAUAGUAAAGAAUGAAGACUCCUCUACUCAUGAAAAACUGGACUUCAAACUGCACUUUACCUGCACCUCCUACCUAAUCACUACUCCUUGCUACAGUGAUGCGUUUGCAAAGCUGCUUGAGUCGGGCGACCUGAAGUGCAGCUCUGUCAGACUGGAGGGAGUCAACAUGCCCUUCCACCACCUACUGGCCAGGAUCUGCUUCCACCACCAUUUCUCUGUUGUGGAGAGGAUCGACUCCUGUGCCUCCAUGUACAGCAGGUCUAUCCAGGGUCACCACGUCUGUCUGCUGGUCAAAACUUCUGGCGAGACAGUGUCCAUUGACGCUAAAUGUGACGAGCCGACGCUGCUUGGGAAUGUGCUGGAUGAGAUCAAGCAGACCUUCUCUCAGUGCUGAUUGUGUCCGACAGCCCCAGGGUGCUGUCGGACACAGGGUGCUGCCCCCCCCCCGACCCCUCCAUGCCACCCCUCCUCCCUCGCUGAAACACAACAUAAUCAUGUUACGAAACACUGCGGCUGGCACCACCAGUAUCGCCCUAUUUAUUAGUCCUCAGAUUCGCAACAUUUCUAUCCCCUUCCCUUCUUCUUCUUCUUCUUCUUCUUCUUCGGUGAUUGUCGCUCCGCACUCUGAGCUCUGUGGUCACUCCCCGACACUUGAUGUUGUUUUACAGACUCACUGUGUACAUGCGCCGUCUUCUCUGCAACGCACUUUUCAUCUUUACUUCCUGGUUUACCAACCCCCCCUUCCAACAGCCACUCUGACUCUGUACUGAGCUCCUGUUUCUGGAUGUCCUGCAUCCUCUGCUCUUUCCUGUGUACUUCUCUCCGCCCUCCACUCUGUCUGCAAUUCAGUUUGUGACCGUCAUGUAAUGUAAUGUUGACAACUGGACUUUUGCUGUUGAUGGUUGAAUUGUGAUUUUACUGUUUUGAAGGUUUUGUCUUCGGUUUGUUUUUUUUUGUUUGUUGUUUUGUCUCUGUCUUUUUUUUUUUUUUUUUGUCUGAAACCCGUCUGCGCCUUCGUCUCGCCCCCCUUCUCUCUGCCCACUAAACAUCAGUGUGCGUGCUGCUCGGCUUUUCUAGGCCUGGAAAAAAACUAUGUGACUGACUCUUUCUCAGACUGGUCCAAGCUGGAAACAAACAGGGACUCUUAACCUGCUCACCCACCGCUGACCUGGUGCCUGGAGAACACCAGACGCCGACCACCUGCAGCUUCAGUAGUGCAGAGAUGAAACCACAGCUACAUAUAAGGCAUGGGGGGUUUAGACUUGCCCUACUUGCCUUUUGGCUCAGAGCAAAUCUGCCAGUGUUAAUUCAACACAAUCCUUGUGUGGCACUACGGGUGAUUUGUACAGUAGAUCAGUGGUUUUGCUCUGUGCCUUAGCGGCGCAGUCUGACCUACUCCAGCGCUCCAUGAGUCUCGUAGAGCCCCACCUCCCUCCCCAGUUCAUCUGCUCCCUCAUCAACUGUGCUAAACUGCAGUUUGAUUCCCCAAGAACUUCCAACAUAUCAUUUCCUCCACAAAUCAAUUAAUUUGAAGGCAGGAGUGUGUAAAAAUGAAAUGAAACUCCAGGGUGGAAGUGUACAGUGUAAUGUGAGAGUCAGGCCGGUGCCACCUUUAUCAGCCUCCUCUUAAACUCACAUAGUUUGUAAAGAUGUUAUAUUACUGUAAUGCUCAGAAGGAUACAGUUACAUGGUGCUGAGGGCCCUCGUUUGUGUCACCAUGUGGUCAAAUUAGUGACAGAAUAAUGAGGUGUAAAGAGAGCUGCUCAUGUUACAUCACUAUCCUGGGUAGGUCAAAUAUGGCUGGUUAAGGGACGACAAUAUCAACCUGGCUUUAGUUUAAAACCUUCAGGUUCUCUGUGAGCAGAGGCUGUGAAGUGGUCGGUGGUUUUAGGUUCCCUUUCAAUCAGUAUUAGGCAAUGUGUACGGAAGCCUCCACUCUGCUGUUUUGUCUGUUUUCAUGUGAAAUCAUGCGCCUGUGCCGCCGCGACGUUUGCAUCACAGUAGCUGCACCCGGACCCCCAGUGUUUCUUUCCCCCUUCAGAAACUGCCUUGCCAUUUUUUGUGCAUUGACAUAUGAUGAUGAACAUGGAUGGCUGUUGGGUUUUUUUUCUCAAAAUGGCCGCCUCUUGGAGGUACUUGAUGUUUUAGUUUGUGUCAUUCAUGUCUGAAGUCACUACCCGGUCCAGCACGACUUAACCUCGUAGUAGCAGCAAGAUAAAAACUGACUCGGUAGCGUCUCUGAUCAUAUAUAUACCGGUAAGGCCCUCUUCACAUCUGUCUGCUGUUGUAGAUAACGACUAUGAUAAUGAUGUCUGUGACCUGGAGAUCAGGUCAGCCAUUCCACGAGAUCUUCUGUGCAGUGGUAGAGUCUGAAUACAGAAGUGAUCGGCUGUAUUUCAGGAAUGUCAAUAGAAAAUAAGUAUAUGUAUUCCCUGUUCCUGGAAAUGACUGAUGUAAGAAACUGAAAAAAAAAACCUCCCCUAAUCAUACAUUGUCCUGAUUCUGAUCAUUCUCCUGUGCAUAAUAUUUGAUUAAAAUUUGUAUAUUGCAUGAUUAGGAAUGUACACUUUUUAUUUCCUUUUUAUUUCUGUUCCAUCGACACACUUACACAAAGAAAAACUCGUCAUUCCAUUUUGUCCUUUUUUUCUUUAUAGUUUUUUUUAUGAAGUUUACUUGACCAUUCUCUAUUUUUGAUGGUAUUGUGUUUUUAUCUAUUCUAAGUUCAGACAAUUAAAAAAAAAAAAAGGUGAUAUCGUUGAAUGUUUUAAAUUAUUAAACACGGGGAAGGAAGGGGGUUAUAUUCGGUGUCAUGGCACUGAGGGCGUGGGGCUCCGAAUAAUAAGUAAAACAGGUCACAUGAAGCAGUGUACUGAGAGACGACCCACUCUGUCUUAAUUCUCUAUCGGUUCAGUUGUAGUGAGUUAUUUUACCAAGUUUGGCUUGUGACAUUGAAAUAUACUCUGGUAUGACUUUGACUUUUGGAAGGUCCUGUCUUUUUAUUUCUCCAUAUUCCAUUAUCAAGCUGUACAAUGUAAAUGUUUUAAAGGGGACAACAUAAAUUAUCUACAUUCCCUUUAAAGAAAGUCCACCCAAAUUAAAAAUAAAGGCUGUAAGAAGCU